UCCCGUUUCUAACUUGUAUGAUGGACGAUGGACUUAUCAUGACAUUCAUCUCGUCGCACAGUCCCAAAUAAUCAUGCAUACCACUUCGAUAUGGACGCCGUGCUCUGGAUGCCCAUGCCCAAACCAUCACUUGCCAUCUUGCACCUUCCCCGUCGAACCAUCUCUCUCAGAUGAUCCCCAGUGGACACACCUCACGCGUUCGAACAACCCGCCUUCACAGUAUGAAGAGUUCGUACUGUCUGGCAUGAUAGCGGCAUACGAUCAACAGAUUCAAAACAUUGACACGGAGAAGUCCAAUCUCGAAGCCUUUUCCCUCUCCCUGAAGGCCCAGAUUAUCGCUGUUUCCCAAAGGAUGGAUGCGCUGUGCCAGGAGCGCGCACGAGUCACAGAGGCAGUCCGCGAAAGGCAGAAUAUACUUAGUCCUGUCCGGCGCCUCCCUUCAGAGAUACUCAAUCAUAUCUUUCUUAAUACCAUCGAUUUCCCAGUGCCGAUGACGCAGAUCAUGCAGAAGGAUGAGGAGGACACCCGGGCCGAGCUGUACAAUUGGGAAUUUACACCCACAGAAAGCCCCUUGUGGUCAAUUACGGAAGUUUCUAAAAAGUGGAGGAGCACGUCUCUUUCAUCCCCGAGACUCUGGUCUUACGUCAAUAUCAUAAUCUCGGAUUCAAAUUUCAACGGCCAUUCUUAUGUUCGACAACUUGGUCUACAGUUGGACCGCUCAGCAAGAUAUCCCUUGUCAAUUUUGAUAUGCCAUAUAGUGGAGGAAUUUUCCCCAAUGGAUCUCCCUCCUCAGUUGGUGGGUAUCCUGUUUUCGUUUUCCAGUUGCAUUCGAGAGCUCCAUCUCUACGUUACCGCACACAUAUUCUCGCAAAUAAGCGACAUGCGGUUAUCCUUACCAUCUUUGGAAUAUUUGGUCGUCCUUCGUCAGGAUGGAGGGAUCCUGGGAACAAUCGACCGCUCGCGUCUGUUCUCAUCCACUCCGAAAUUACAAUUUCUCGAGGUUAUAGAUUGGGAAGGCAGCCUCGAGCUUCCUUGCAACCAAGUAAAGAAGUAUCGCAGCGACCAUGCUAGGUGCAUAGAACGUCAUUCCCCUUUCCCUCUUUCCGGUCCUAAGGUGCAUCAUCAUUUGAAUGCUCUUAGAAAGUUUCAACAGGUGGAGGAAUGCACUCUAAGAUUGAGUGGUGUAUCAGAUACGCUGGAUUUGGGGGGCGAUGUUUAUCCUCUCAUCUGUCCGCAGCUGCGUGUGUUGAAUCUCUCCUCUUGGAGCAUUGAUCGUACUUCAUCCGCCUUUCAACAAGUCGCUGAUAGACUUGUCUUGCCAAGACUGUCCAUUCUGAAGGUUGCAUGCUCCCAAAAGGACAAUUAUGAAGGACAGGAGGUUUUCUCCUCAAUAUGCUGUCUUCUCCAACGUUCGCAAUCCCCAAUUACCGUACUGCACUUCGAUCAUGGCCAAGUCCUCACUGAAGAUUUACUACAACUCUUCUGUUCAACACCCACUCUUGAAGACUUGCGCCUAACACGCCUGGGCGACACUGUCGUCACCAAGGCGGUCAUGGCAAAGCUCACUGUGGUUCGUACUUCGGAGUUGGUUCUGCCUCGCUUACGCACUCUGUAUAUACCUGUUGGAAGUUUCAAAGUUACAGACCUUGUCCGUAUGGUCCAGUCUCGUAGAAGUGGUGGGAAUUCUUGCCGAGUUACCCGUUUACAAACUCUUAGAUUGUGUGGUAAUUUCCGAGGCCAGUGUCUUCGCUUUGAUGCUUUAAUCUCUCGGUGCCUCAAGCAAUACUAUGCUGAAGGAUUCUCUUUCGGUGUUUGUCGCACUGUUGUAUAGUUUCCGGUAGUAGUAUGUACACUUGUGCUUCGAAAGCAAAAUAUAUUCUUGCUCUAGAAAUAAUACAUUGUCUUCCUUCCAUCGCUGCACUAG